AGGUUGUACGAGGUUAGUGGUGGUGAGAACCGGCAGAAAUAAAAAAUAAAUCUUUUUCAUCAACAUGGCCCAUGAUAUAGAAAAUGGCAUAAAAUUACCAGAGCCGAGCUGUGAAACAGAAAGGGCUUCUAAGCGGUCUCAGGCGCGCGCCCGGCGGCGGCUGUUGCUGAGCGAGCUGUGCGUGGACUUUUCCGAGAACACCACGCUACACGGCCUCAAGUACGUCAACGAGAAAAGCACGCUGGAAAAAAUAUUCUGGUUGGUGACGAUCGCGGUGAGCGUGGCGUGCUGCUCGUACCUGAUCCGGAACGUGUUCGCCAAGUGGUGGGACAGCCCCGUCAUCGUGGCCUUCAACAAGGAGAUGGUGCACGUGGGCUCGGUACCAUUUCCAUCGAUAACUAUUUGCCCGAACUGGUCAAUAUUGAAAGAGGAAUAUAACUACACUGACGUAGCUAUUAAAUUCUCUAACCCAAACAGCAAAUCAAAUAUGAGCACAACAAAAAGAGAGGAAUUUGAAGAUAUAUCCAUGAUAUGUGAUACAACGUACUUUACGCUAGACUUUAGCAUACGCAAGGGCAAUGCUACUGUUGUUCAGAAUAUUAUUAAAUAUUCUCCUAAACUAUCGAACACAGUAUUCCGUCAGCGGUCCACCUUGAAGGGCGCGGCCGCUGCCGAGAAGUAUGAGAUUGACGCCGUGUUGACCGAACUAGGCGUCUGCUUCACGGUCAAUACGUUAUUGCAAGAUGAAAUAUUGAAAAACACAAGUAUACAAACGGAUUACAAGUACCUGAACUCCACUCGAGCCAGCCGCGGCUGGACCAUGGAGGAGGGGUACAAGAAGGGGCUGUUCUUCAACGAGACCUACCCACGGCGGGCCGCGAUCUUCCUGCACAAUCCGGCUGACCUGCCUCACUCGUCCGUUCACUCGUACGCAGCACUGCCCCGCCAGCUGUCCAGCCUGGCGCUCACCUUCCACUCGACCACAACCUCGCACAACCUCCGGAAGUACCACCCUGAAGUACGUCAGUGCUACUUCCAAAGCGAGCGAUUUUUGAGGUACUUCCACAUUUACACACAAAACAACUGCAUGCUGGAGUGUCGCGCCAACUACACCUUCCACCGCUGCGAGUGUGUGCCGUUCUACCUGCCGUAUAAAAACAGCGACAACGUAUGUACUGAGUACGAUUCAGAUUGCAUCACGAUAGCAAUACAAGAGCUAGGAGAGAGAGAGAUGCGAGCUAGCCUCGGCCUCGAGAAGGAGGCGUGCCGCUGCCUGCCCGCCUGCAACAGUGUCACCUACGAGGCGGAAAUACUCAAGACUGAGUACAACUUCAAGAACUACAUCAAAAACUUGUACAAACUAAUCAAUGUGACGUAUCUCGAAGGAAACGAUAGAGAUGGUCGGAAAUAA